UCUUUGCUUUUUCUUUUUAUUUCCUCGCGCACUUUCCACGCAUUAUUACACCAAAAGAAAAGAAAAUCUGCAUACACAAUCUCACACAUCUCUCUCUCUACGAGCUCUAGAUAUCAAAACUCAUUUCUUGAUCUUCAAAGAGCUCCUCAGUUCAAAAUAUCAAAGAACUUUUUUUCUGUGUUGUUGUUUUGUUGUAUUAUUGAAUACACAUACAAUCCUAUAUUUGGUAUAACAUGUGAUGAGAUCUCCUCACAUCAUCAAUCCACUUCUUCUCUUCUUCUUCCUUUCUCUAGUCCUUCAAAGCCAUCAAAGAACCACUGAUCAAACUCAUAGGACCGGCUCCACUGAUCAACACGUCAAUGAUGUGGCGGUGACUUCGCCAGAAGGGACAAGAAGAGAGAAGUUUCGAGUUCGGCGGCCCAUGACCGCAUGGCGGAAGGGGAAGAUGCUCAAUGACAAUGAACACGGAGUCCCAAGUGGUCCAAAUCCCAUCUCCAAUAGGUAGAAAUGUGUAAAAUGUUUAUUACAGAGCUUGUUGUAUGAAUAUUUUGCCUAGUAUUCUAGUGUAUCUCUUUGCUUAUGAGGUCGCACGUACAAAAGUCAUCGAAUGUUACCUGACUUUUAUUCAAAGUUUCAAACUUCCAAUUUUGCAAGAAAAAAUGUUUUGUGGGUGUUACAUGAAUAUACAUACAUAAAAAGAAGAUAUAUAUAAA